AGCUGGCACCACUGUCUUCUCCUCCUCCUUCCCUACAAACACCACCUUCUACUUCCUCCAUUAUCAAUCCCCCAUCUCCCUGUUAAACCCUAAUCCCAACCCUAUUAUGUAACCACUUCCACCACCUCCACCACCUCCACCAACAUGUUCUUCCAUCUCUGCAUAGCUCUCUCAUCUUUGCUCCUCUCAUCCUUCGCAUCCCUCACUUCCUCAUCAACUUCUGCUUCUCUCUCCAUCUACGAAGUCCUCCGCUCCCAUGGCCUCCCAAUGGGCCUGCUCCCCAAGGGCGUCACCGACUUCAUCAUCGAUGACAAUGGCAGAUUCGAGGUCUAUUUGGAUCAGGCCUGCAAUGCCAAGUUCGAGAGCGAGUUGCAUUACGAUCGCAACGUUUCCGGCAGUCUGAGCUACGGUCAGAUCGGGGAGCUGUCUGGGAUUUCGGCGCAGGAGUUGUUUUUGUGGUUUCCGGUGAAGGGGAUUCGGGUGGAUGUGCCCAGCUCCGGGCUCAUUUAUUUUGAUGUAGGUGUUGUCUUCAAGCAAUUCUCGCUUUCUCUCUUCGAGACUCCGCCGAAUUGUAAGGCGGUUCGCGGGGAUGAGCGACCGGAAGAAAGCAAUUUUGCGAAUCUAUCUGGAAAACUCCAAUAUCGAUUUGAUCAGGAAGAUCUUGUAAGGGAUGUUCUGUAGGGAAUGCGGGUGAAGAUGAGUGAAGUUGUACAAUUGCUCAAUCACUUAAUGGGUUAUCCAUUCCCAUCUGUACAUGUCUUCAGAAAGUCCAGUUUAAUGGGUCAUAUGCUUUCAUCCACUGUGCUUGCUUGCGGUUUUUUUGGUGUAUAGUGCAGAGUCUGCAAAUUAGUUGAGCUAGCUUCUGUCAAUGCAAGAGUGGCCAAAGAGGUUGGACUGAAAGGAAAGAUGAGAUACUUUGGCCAUAUCAAAAUCGUCGGUGGCUUGCCUACAGAUGAUGAAAUGAUACAGAGGCAUCAGGUCGGGGUGAUAUCAGGUGAUGAAUCUGCCAAGUUCAUUUUGUAUGUUGAAUUCAUAGUAUUAUAGACAUGAACAUGGGUGCUGGGUCAAAUUUAUUUUUCUAGUUUCAGUGUUAGUUGAUCAGAAGUAUAUAUCCUUAUGAUGAAAUGAAUAAAGAAUAAAUGGCUCUAUUUCCUUUA